AAAGCAUUUUGCAGUUGUAUUUGUGGCACCAUUUAUGAGCACGUGUAUUGAGUAUAAUUACUUAUAGUUUUAAGCACAAUGUCCAUUCAAGAAAGAGUUUUAAUGAAAAAAAUUAAAAAACGAGAAAAACAAAAAUUAAAACUUAUUCAAAAUAAGGAAGCUGAAAAUAAUAAAGAUGUUUCAAAAAUUGAUGAGAACGUUGAAGUAGGAAAAGGUGUUAAGCGAGUGCUAGAUAAUGAAGAAGGACCCAUUAAAAAGAAAAAGAAAAAAAAUAAGAAGAAACAACGAAAGAAUACUGAGGGAGAAGAGAUAAGAACAAAUCCAAGCGACACGGAAUUUGAAAAUGUAAGUGAAGGAGAAAUUGAAGGAUCUGAACAUACGGAGGAAAAUGAAAAUAAAUCAGAUUUAGAUUGCAAAUUACCCGGCUCAAGUUCAACAUUAGAAAUUCUAAGUAACAGUUCAUUUAUGUCUUUGAAAGACAAAGUAUGUGAAAAUACAUUAAAGGCUAUAGCUGACAUGGGUUUCACCACUUUGACUGAAAUUCAAGCAAGAUCUAUCCCUCCCCUUCUGGAAGGAAGAGAUUUGGUUGGAGCUGCCAAAACAGGAUCAGGAAAAACUCUUGCAUUUCUCAUACCAGCAGUUGAAUUAAUUUAUAAAUUGAAAUUUAUGCCUAGAAAUGGUACUGGUGUAAUCAUCAUAUCUCCAACAAGAGAAUUGUCUAUGCAGACCUUUGGAGUUUUGAAAGAAUUAAUGAAAUAUCACCAUCAUACUUAUGGAUUAGUAAUGGGAGGCACUGCUAGGCAAACAGAGGCCCAAAAAUUGUCUAAGGGUAUUAAUAUCCUUGUGGCAACACCUGGAAGGCUCCUAGAUCACCUGCAGAAUACUCCCGAUUUUUUGUAUAAAAAUUUACAAUGUUUAAUAAUUGAUGAGGCUGAUAGGAUAUUGGAAGUUGGAUUUGAGGAAGAAAUGAAACAGAUUAUUAAUAUUUUACCAAAAAGAAGACAAACAAUGUUAUUUAGUGCUACCCAGAAUAAAAAAACAGAUGCUUUGACAUCUUUAGCUUUAAAAAAAGAGCCUGUUCAUAUUGAUGUGGAUGAUACAAAAACAGAAGCAACUGUAUCUGGACUUGAACAAGGUUACGUGGUGUGUCCUUCUGAUAAACGGCAUUUGGUGCUAUUUACAUUCUUGAAGAAGAAUAGAAAAAAGAAGAUUAUGGUAUUCUUCAGUUCUUGUAUGUCGGUUAAAUACCAUCAUGAGUUAUUUAAUUAUAUUGAUCUACCGGUUAUGUGUAUUCAUGGCAAACAAAAACAGACAAAACGCACUACAACAUUCUUCCAAUUUUGUAAUGCAGAAACUGGUACAUUAUUAUGUACUGAUGUUGCCGCUAGAGGCUUAGACAUACCAGCCGUUGAUUGGAUUGUGCAAUUCGAUCCUCCAGAUGACCCAAAAGAAUAUAUUCAUAGAGUUGGAAGGACAGCUAGAGGAGAAGGAAGCAGUGGUCAUGCAUUAUUAAUUUUAAGACCCGAAGAAUUAGGUUUUCUGAGAUAUCUUAAACAGGCAAAAGUACCAUUGAAUGAAUUCGAGUUCAGUUGGAGUAAAAUUGCAGAUAUUCAGCAACAGCUCGAAAAUUUAAUUGGCAAAAAUUACUUCUUGAAUAUGUCUGCCAAGGAAGCUUUCAAAGCAUACGUUCGAGCGUACGACUCCCAUCAUCUCAAAACCAUUUUCGACAUCAGUACGUUGGACUUAGCAAAAGUGGCCUAUUCCUUUGGCUUUAGAGUACCUCCUGCUGUAGAUUUGAAAGUUUCAUCUAAGAAGCAGGAACGACCAGAGAAAAAACGUAAAGGAGGUGGAGGAUUUGGUUUUUAUAAGAAUAUGAAUUCCAUGGAUUCCAAGAAUUUUAAGAAAAACACAGUUUAUAGGCAACCUAAGUCUAAAAAUGAAUCCAAAAGAAGGCAGUUUAGUAGAUAAAAUUAUUCUUAAUUCAUCCAUUUUAUAUAUUAGAAGUAAUAUAAAUUUUAAUUAUACACA